AUGGUUCAACGAGUCACCCUCCGCACCCGGAAAUCAUACAACACCACCUCCAACUUGAGACGAAUCAUCAAGACACCCGGUGGCAAACUCUCGUACCUCCGACUUCACAAGCAGGCCACCUCUCCAAAAUGUGGUGACUGUCACACUGGUCUCCCCGGUGUCCCUGCUCUCCGACCUGUACGGUACGCAACUGUCUCCAAGCGAAUCAAAACCGUCCAACGACCUUACGGUGGUUCCCGUUGUGGAAACUGUGUAAGAGAUAGAAUUGUCCGAGCCUUCUUGGUUGAAGAAGCUAAGAUUGUCAAAAAGGUGUUGAAAAGUCAAGCCGUCCCUACGAAAUCCAAGAAAUAAAGUUGCCCUCCUCUUGGUUCAAUUGAACUCGACCGACCCUCACCUGUUUAUUUGAAAUUUACUGCA